CAGCUCCUCCUCUGAGCUGCUCCUCCGUUCAUCGAGCCACCGUCCCAAACCACACAAGAAAAAAAAAAAAAAAGAAAACUUUCCAGACUUUCUGAAAACCGUCCGCUUUAUGAAGGAAGGACAGGGAGACAUGAUCCAUAGAGUCUGGUCCAGAUGAGCGAGCAGGCGGAGGAACCUGUGAUCCAGCUGUCUGCCCCACAACAACUUCCCUGCAAAGAGUCUCGAGGGAAAAGCUUGACGUCUUCUGAAGGGAACAAUGAGGAAGAGAGGAGGCAGAGGAGGCGUGGCCGGCCCCCUGCAGACCUCCAGCUCCUGCUGGAACCAGAGUCAGAUCCCUCAGAGAGCAGGAAGAAACCAGCCGGCAUCAGCAGACAGAAACCCGUGGAGCAGCUUUCACCAAUGCUGAGUCUGAGCGACUUUGAAACCAAGUUUGACAGAAAAAAAUCCCAGACCAACCAGCUAUCAAAGACCAACGCUCAGUUCCACAAGUUAUUCAAGGUAGUCACCAAAGAUGAACCGCUCAGACAGAGUUACACCUGCGCCCUGCAGAGAGACAUGCUAUAUCAGGGCAAAAUGUUUGUCUCACAAAACUGGAUCUGUUUCCACUCCAAAGUCUUCGGUAAAGAUAUUAAGAUUUCCAUCCCAGUCAUGUCUGUGAAACUAUUAAAAAAAACUAAAACUGCAUUACUGGUGCCAAACGCCCUUGUGAUUGGAACUACAGAAAUGGAUCAUGUCUUUGUGUCGUUUCUCUCUCGAAACAACACCUUUAAAUUCCUGAAAUCCAUCUGCGCUCAUUUGGAGGUGAAUAAGAUUAGUAGCAGCCCUGUAGCGUCCUCCUGUGAAAACAGCUUCAGAACCAGCUGCCCCGCGUCGCUUCCUCUGGACUUUUCUGGAGACUUCUCUGACCUGGACGGAGUUGUGCAGCAGAGGCGGCAGGACAUGACUGAAAGCAGCAGCUCUGGGUCGCAGACUCCAGAUUAUGACAAAAUAAGCGACUUCAGCAGCCUCCCAGAAACAUUUCUAAGUGCAGCGAAGACCAGAGAGGUGUCGGUCCACGCAGACGUUCAUCUCCAGAGUCCAAGCCAAAAGCAUGGAGCCAUGCUCAAAAAUGGCCAAAGCAAGACACCAAAAGAAACAUCCUCCCAGCCAAAGUCCUUACAAAUCCUCCUCUUCAUCUAUCUGUUCUUAGUCGGCAUCCUUGUUUUGUCCUCCUGCUACAUGGCCUUCAAGAUCGUGGCCCUUGAGCACCGGUUGAACUCCUUGUUGUCAAUGGGAGAGCUCGUUCAUAAUGAGAACGCUGGAAGCCAAAGAUCUCAGAUUGAAGUGAAUGCUGAGAUCUAUGGGGAGCUCUCCACUAACCUGUUCAAGUUAGAGAAGAUUCAAAAAAACCUCAGGAAGCUCCUGGAGGAGACUUAAAAGAAGAUUCGUUUCUACGUUUCUGUCCAGACGGAGGCUUGGCUGUUAAUUAGAGAGGCAGUGGGAGCUGCCACAUUUGGUGGCUCUGUUGCCAAAGCAUGAACAGCUCAUACCGAGAGCUCUGUCUAAAAAGCUGUGUGAACAUUUGCUGUGCAAUAAUAGCCUCUCUCUUUGUUUCCCUCAGGACUUUUCUGUCUCUCAUUUCAAACAAAGCAGCGCUGCAGCUGUACGGCAGUAUAUUAACAUGUACGGUAUUUUAGUUUGCGUUUUAAUGACAUUGAUGAUACAUUUUUAAAAUACAUCUAUAUCUAUAUAUAUAGAUAUAUAUAUAUGUUUGUGUGUGUGAAGGCUGGUUCAAAUGUGCAAUGUCAGUGUUAGGAAACAUUUCUUAAAAGGUCAAGUAGCACUGUUGGGCUGUUUUUGUUUGAAAUGACUGCCAAUGGAUUCUAUUCAUAUCAUGUCUGUAAAUCAUUCAUCGUCUAAUGUUUGCACAAAAGCCAAGUACUUUCUCAUGAAGGAGUUCGUAGUGCUUUUGUAAAUAUUUACCUUAACAUACUUAAGUGGUAUGUUCAGAAGAAAGAAAUCUGUUUAUAAUGAGAUUAUCUUAGAUGAGUUUGAACUUAUAUUUAUCGUAGAUGUUUUACUAAAAGGCUUAAUCAACUGAUGAUUAGAUGCUUCGACUUUUCUAAUCGGUUAAAUUAUGUUUGUGUGAAUAAACUGAAUGUUCAAGCUUUCAUUCAA